AUGACGUCUUCAUCUCCGGCGCCGGAAAAAACCCAAUUACCAAUUUCUCUAACAUUAGCGACGUCAAACACCAGUACAGUACCUUCAUACCCCAAAACCGCUAUACCUAAAGAAAGAAACCUAAAGCUAAUCAACCUCUUACUAUCCUGCGUCAACCACGCUUCCUCCGGCAAUCUCCACCGCGCCGACGCCUGCCUCCGCAAAAUCUCUCGUCUCUCCUCCCACUCCGGCGACUCAUUUCAACGUCUUUCCGCCUGGUUAGCAUCCGCCCUAGCAGUACGACUCAUCAAACGUUGGCCUGGUUUGUUCAAAACGCUAAUCGCUACCCCAGCUCUCGUUGAUCCAAUCCAACAUAAAUCGCUAACUACAAACACCAUACCUUUCCUCAACUCAGCUUACACCGUCAUGAAUCGAGUAUUAACCAAAGCCAUGUCUAAUGAGCGUUUGAUCCACAUUGUUGAUCUUGGUUGCGGUGACCCCAACAUGUGGAUACCCUUUCUUCAAAACUUGUCGAAUUCACACUUGAGGAUCACGUGUGUGCACACCAGUAAAGCCAUCCUCGACAAUUUAUACAUAACCCUCUUAAAAGAGACAAACAGUUUAUGCAUAGAAUUAGAAUUCAAUCCUUUGAAUAUAAGAUUAAGUGAUUUGAAUCUUGACAUGAUGAAUCUACGGCCAUCUGAAACGCUAGCGUUCGCCGCCACUCUAAGUCUUCACGUCUUAUUAACGGAUGAUGAUGAUGAUAAUAAUAAGAUGGGUGAUUUUUUAGUGAUGAUAAGAUCGACGUCGCCUAAGGUGUUUGUAAUGGUGGAGCAAGAAUCGGAUCAUAAUCUGAACCGGUUGGAGGACCGGUUUGUGGAAUCGAUGCAUUAUUAUAGUGCGGUAUUUGAAUCGAUAAGUAAAUUUUUUGUGGGGGAUGAGAGAUUGAGAUUGGAACAAGUGUUUGGGAAAGAGAUGGAAAAUAUAUUGGCUUGUGAAGGGCGGGAAAGGGAAGAGAGGCACGAGAGGUUUGUGAAAUGGUCAGGCCGAUUUGAGAGAUGUGGGUUUGGACCGGUGGGAUUAUGGUUCGGUUUGGGUGAGGAAUUGGAAGAGAUGGAUGAUGAUGGUCUUAAGAUGGUUUAUCAAAGAUCAGCACUUAUCAUAUGUUGGUAUACUAGACCUAUUUAUUCUGUUUCAGCAUGGAAUUAA